CCUCCAUUAGACGCUGUCGUGUGGCAUACUUUUAUUAGAACUCUCUUUAAAAACUGUGUUUAGACUAAAGAGGAAAACAGUUUGGGCUUAAAGUGAAGCUGGUGAGGCUGAAGUUCUUGUGGAUGAAAGUUUGAAUCCGGGAAGACUCAGAGUUAGGGACUGACUCGACUUCUCAGACUGCUGAAAGUGAGAGCAAAGCUGGCCAAACAGCCUUCAGAAAGGACAGUGUAGUGUAAAGACAAAAUGGCUUCUAAACUUGAAGAGGAUCUCUGCUGUCCUGUGUGCUGUGACUUCUUCAAGGAUCCUGUCAUUUUGACCUGUGCUCACAGUGUGUGUAAAGCCUGUCUGCAGCAGUUCUGGGACACCAAAGGAUCCAGAGAAUGUCCCUACUGCAGGAGAAAGUGCUCAAAGGAAUUAUACCCUUUUAACAUGGCGUUAAGGAACCUGUGUGAGACCUUCUUACAGGAGGGAAGUCAGAGAGCUUCAGCAGGGUCUGAGGCGCUCUGCAGUCUGCACAGUGAGAAACUCAAGCUCUUCUGUCUGGAGGAUAAACAGCCUGUGUGUGUGGUGUGUAGAGACUCCAAAAAACACACCGGCCAUAAGUUCCAUCCUAUAGAUGAAGCAGCACUUGACCGCAAGGAGGAGCUGAACAUUACACUGCAGCCCUUACAGGAGAAACUGAAGGCCUUUCAGGAGGCUAAACUCACCUGUGAUGAAACAGCAGGACACAUUAAGACUCAGGCCCAACACACAGAGAGGCAGAUCAAGGAGGAGUUUGAGGAGCUUCACCAGUUUCUACAAGAUGAAGAGGCAGCCAGGAUAGCUGCACUGAGGGAGGAAGAGGAGCAGAAGAGUCAGAUGAUGAAGGAGAAGAUUGAGAAGAUGAGCAGAGAGAUCUCAUCUCUUUCAGACACAAUCAGAGCCAUAGAAGAGGCAAUGGGAGCUGAUGACAUCACAUUCCUGCUGGAGAGGGUUUCAGGAGCUCUGAUCAAUGUGGCAAAACACCUGGGCAACCUGAAGUUCAGAGUCUGGGAGAAAAUGCAGGAGAUUGUUCAAUACACUCCUGUGACUCUGGAUCCCAACACUGCAGACCCAAAACUCAUCCUGUCUGAGGAUCUGACCAGUGUGAGAUACAGUAGUGAGACACAGCAGCUUCCUGAUAACCCAGAGAGAUUUGAUGAAGGUCUCUCUGUCCUGGGCUCUGAGGGCUUUAACUCGGGGACACACUGCUGGGAUGUGGAGGUUGGAUACAGUGAUUACUGGUCUCUGGGAGUGAAGACAGAGUCUAGUCAGAGGAAGGGAUGGAAUACCCAAAGGGGAGUCUGGCGUGUGUUUCAUAAUAAUGGUGCAUCUGAAGCACGCUCUCCAUCCCUGCCAGACACUGUCGUCAGAGUGAAGCAGAAACUCCAGAGGAUCAGAGUGCAGCUGGACUUGGACAGAGGAGAGCUGUCAUUCUCUGACCCUGAUAAUAGCACACAACUACACACUCUCACACACACUUUCACUGAGAGAGUCUUUCCAUUCGUUUGGACUCUCUCAGGUGCCCCUGUUAGGAUUUUACCAGUAAAAUCUUGCAUAACGCUGAAGCAUCACAGUUAGAGCUCAUACAGCCUCUGUCUUACCAUGGAUGAUAAGAAUCCAAAACCCUGAUAGUAACACACAUCUAUAACAUCUAUUAGUCAAAGCUGAUUAAGGUCUUCAACAGGAC